UAAAACAGCCUCCUAAAACGGUGGGCGACUCCAAACAAGAAAAAGUCAUAAGCAAGACUUACGAUACGAUACGCUACUCUAAUUUCUUUCAUCCAGAUCAGAUCAUCGCCAAACCCGCCAUCUUCAGUUCCCGCAGAACUAAAUCUCCUCCCAAACCUCUUAAAAUUUACUUUUAUUCAAACCCCUCCAUGGCCUCCCCUUCCGAUCACUCUAAUUCGGAAGUUGUUUAUAGGAGGCAGAACAAAGGACCCCCUUUCAAGUUCCUAGUCCCUUUAGUCUAUGCCCCUGUUCUCCCUUUAAUUCGACUUUCUUUGAGGAAGAACCCAGUUUUAAGGGACCGACUGUUUACUAUUGUGUUGGCUGGGGCUUUUAUUCAUGGUUCUUAUUUGGUUUCGGAUCUAUAUGAUGCUGAGAGCAAGUGAACAUUGCAGAGUCUGGCUUGAGGAACUGAUUACCCCUCUAAUAAUUAUUCUUCUAUUAUGCCUUAGAACAAGUUUGAAUUGUAUUCUUCUCAUUCCUUUCAUUGUGGGAUGAUAAUUUGUAUCUCACAGUUAUAAUUAAGUUAGGCGUAAGAUUUAAAGCUUCAUAUUACGGAAUUAGUUUCAAUUUUAAAGAGAAAUAAGAUUGAGUGAGUUGCUUUUUUGUUAAA